GUGGAUGACAAUGGUCAGGUAGUGUAGGUGCCAGAGGAGAAUAGCGGUGGUAGUGGGGUUUGGCAAGCGGCAGGAGGAGUUGUUCUGCCCAAUUUGUCGCAACCACCACCGAAUUUGGCCCAAAUGUUAAGACUACCACCACCAAAUAUUCGGAUGCUACGUAUGUCCGGAAUGAUGAUGCAAAUGGGCAAUCUUGGACCGCAUUUUAAUCAGCAACCACCGCGAGCUGGACUACUGGGAAUGCCACCAGGAGUUAGUGGAGGGAACCAAGGAAUAGGAAACCUAGGAGGACUAAAUCAUGGAGGAGGACCAGUGCCAAAUGGCAAUCCUUUUAACCCUUUUGCAGGCGGAGCAGUCAACAAUGCAGGUGGUGUUGGCGGUAUGAGCAAUAUGGGUAAUAUGGGCGUACCCUUUACAAACUUCAACAAUGGAAACAAUAACAACAAUGGGGGUGGAAGAGGUGGACACUUUUCAGGCGGAGGAUCAGGUGGCAACGGCAAUGGAAACAAUCGCAAUCAGCGAGGCGGCAAUCAGCGAAAUCGCAACAUGUAAAAACGAAUAUGUCUCCAGAAACAACCUACAACACAAAAAAGACUUGUUAUGCCAAAAUUAUGUUGAUGUUACGCCCAAUGUACCCUUUCACUCUUCUCUAUUCACUUGCCUACAUCAUAAUUAUCCAAUCCUCCAAGGGAUAACUUGUUUUUUCGCUCAUAUUUUAAUGAAAAUUUGGGCUUCGACUGCUUUGUACAUUGUAAUCUAUUCCUUAAAUCCCCAUUUUUGUCACUAUUAUUUUUUUUUGAUAGGUGUACUUUUUAGCAUUACUACGUAAUUAUAAAUGUAGAUAAAACGAAAGAGAAAAUUAAAAAAGAAAAACUGAGGAACAGGAACAAAAAGCGAUGUAAAAAUGGUAUGCAACCUUUUUACUGAAUUUUUUUUUUGAUAAUGUAGGCUUAGCUGAUCAUAUGUGCGUGUACUACAUUGAUAAUCUAGACAUAAAAGCUACAAAU